CGCCACGGCACUGAUACUUUUACAAAACUGUCCUUGCUCUCUCUGCAUUCGUCCAGUCAAGGGUAUCUUUGCCUGAGAGGCAGCCUAGCCUGGGCCUCCCGGCUUCCAGCUACCGCCUGCUUCGCAGACCUGACGGAAUCAGAAGGUGCUUGAUGCUCCACAGUUGGUCUACUGCCAAUCCUCACCCUCCAUGAGCCUUGGUUCUGAUGCAACCUUUGGUCAUGCAGGGAUGCCCUUACACCCUCCCACGAUGUCAUGAGUGGCAUGCUGCUGACAGGUUUCAUCACAGCAGCAGCCUCCGAAACACCUGUCCCCAGCCUCAGGUUAGAGCUGCGGUCACCAUCCCUGCACCACCUUGGGAUGGUGCCGGGGAUCCCUGCCUAAGUCCAAAGCUCUUGAACGGGUCUGUUGGAGCCGUUGGCCCCCUGGAACCAUCCGCCAUGAAUCUGUGUUGGAAUGAAAUAAAAAAGAAGUCUCACAACCUCCGCGCUCGCCUAGAGGCCUUCUCAGACCACAGUGGAAAACUUCAGCUCCCGCUCCAAGAGAUUAUUGACUGGCUCAGCCAAAAGGAUGAGGAAUUGUCAGCUCAGCUGCCCUUGCAAGGGGACGUGGCCCUGGUGCAACAGGAGAAGGAGACACAUGCUGCCUUUAUGGAAGAAGUGAAGUCUAAAGGCCCCUAUAUCUACUCUGUGCUGGAAUCGGCGCAGGCUUUCCUGUCUCAGCACCCAUUUGAGGAAUUAGAGGAGUCUCAUUCUGAGAGCAAAGAUACCUCCCCAAGACAGCGGAUUCAAAACCUCAGUCGCUUUGUGUGGAAGCAGGCAACAGUGGCCAGUGAACUGUGGGAGAAGCUGAGCCGGGCUGUGUGGAUCCAGCAUCGCCACAUUGAGCACACCCUGGAACAUCUAUUGGAGAUCCAAGGGGCAAUGGCGGAGUUGAGCAGUACUUUGACCCAAGCAGAGGGAGUCCGAGCCACAUGGGAGCCCAUAGGAGAUCUCUUUAUCGAUUCCCUCCCAGAGCAUAUCCAAGCCAUCAAGUUAUUCAAAGAAGAAUUCUCUCCUGUGAAAGACGGGGUGAAGUUAGUGAAUGACCUGGCCCACCAGCUUGCUAUUUCUGAUGUGCACUUGUCAAUGGAGAAUUCAAGGGCUCUGGAACAGAUCAACGUCCGCUGGAAACAGCUCCAGGUGUCAGUUGCUGAGAGGCUUAAACAGCUCCAGGAUGCCCACCGGGACUUUGGGCCUGGGUCACAGCACUUCCUCUCCACUUCUGUUCAAGUUCCCUGGGAAAGAGCAAUUUCUCCCAAUAAAGUCCCCUACUACAUCAACCACCAGGCUCAGACCACAUGCUGGGACCAUCCCAAGAUGACCGAAAAGUUAUACCAAACCCUAGCUGACCUGAACAACAUCAAGUUCUCAGCUUACCGCACUGCCAUGAAGCUCCGCCGAGUCCAGAAGGCCCUGCGCUUGGAUCUGGUAACUUUAACUACAGCUCUGGAGAUCUUCAAUGAGCACGACCUGCAGGCCAGUGAACAUGUAAUGGAUGUGGUGGAGGUCAUUCACUGCUUGACUGCCUUGUAUGAACGACUGGAGGAGGAAAGAGGCAUCCUGGUCAACGUGCCGCUGUGUGUAGACAUGAGCCUCAACUGGCUCCUCAACGUUUUUGAUAGUGGCCGCAGUGGAAAGAUGCGAGCAUUGUCCUUUAAGACUGGCAUCGCAUGCCUGUGUGGCACUGAAGUGAAGGAAAAACUUCAGUAUCUCUUCAGCCAAGUGGCCAAUUCAGGCAGCCAGUGUGACCAGCGCCACCUCGGUGCCCUGCUUCAUGAAGCCAUCCAAGUGCCCCGUCAGCUGGGUGAAGUGGCAGCAUUUGGGGGCAGCAAUGUGGAACCCAGUGUCCGUAGUUGCUUUCGCUUUAGCACUGGCAAGCCAGUCAUUGAAGCUUCCCAAUUCCUGGAGUGGGUCAACCUGGAGCCCCAGUCUAUGGUGUGGCUGGCUGUUCUUCAUCGGGUCACCAUUGCUGAGCAAGUGAAGCAUCAGACCAAGUGUUCUAUCUGUAGACAGUGCCCCAUCAAAGGGUUCAGGUACCGGAGUCUGAAACAGUUUAACGUGGAUAUCUGCCAGACCUGCUUCUUGACAGGCAAGGCCAGCAAAGGCAACAAGCUCCACUACCCCAUCAUGGAGUAUUACACACCGACCACAUCUAGUGAAAACAUGAGGGACUUUGCCACAACCUUAAAGAAUAAAUUCCGCUCCAAGCAGUAUUUCAGCAAACACCCUCAGCGAGGUUAUCUGCCCGUGCAGUCAGUACUGGAGAGCGACUGCAGUGAGACACCUGCUUCUUCCCCGAUGUUGCCACACGCUGACACACACUCUCGAAUUGAGCAUUUUGCCAGCAGGCUUGCUGAGAUGGAAAGUCAAAAUUGUUCCUUUUUUAAUGACAGCCUGUCCCCGGAUGACAGCAUCGACGAGGACCAGUACCUGUUGAGGCACUCCAGCCCCAUCACAGACCGAGAACCGGCCUUUGGACAGCAGGCUCCGUGCAGCAUGGCCACAGAAAGCAAGGGGGAACUCGAGAAGAUCCUGGCCCAUUUAGAAGAUGAGAACCGGAUUCUUCAGGGAGAGCUGAGGCGCCUGAAAUGGCAGCACGAAGAAGCAGCCGAGGCACCUACCCUAGCUGAGGGCUCUGCUGAAGCAACCCCAGACCACCGCAAUGAAGAGCUUCUAGCUGAAGCCAGGAUCCUGCGGCAGCACAAGAGUCGCCUGGAGACUCGCAUGCAGAUCCUUGAAGACCACAACAAGCAGUUAGAGUCUCAGCUGCAACGCCUGAGAGAGCUGCUCCUGCAGCCACCCACUGAAUCAGAUGGCAAUGGCUCUGCAGGCUCAUCCCUAGCCUCCUCCCCACGCCAGUCAGAAGGCAGUCAUCCCCGGGAGAAGGGACAGACUACCCCAGACACUGAGGCUGCAGAUGAUGUGGGUUCAAAGAGUCAGGAUGUCAGCCUAUGCUUAGAAGACAUCAUGGAGAAGCUCCGCCACGCCUUCCCCAGUGUGCGAAGCUCUGAUGUGACUGCGAACACCCUGCUGGCCUCUUGAUGGAGUCAUGCCCCCAUCCUGUAGUUCAUAGUCCUUUCCUGAUUCUCGUCAAUGCUGUCCCUUAACCUUUGCCCAACCUUUCCAGUACCCACUGGCCCCACAUUCCUCAGCCAGCGAUAUUUGGGCCUGGGGCAGCAGCAGGGAUCUAAUGGCUUGUGAGAGGUGGUGGAGGGAGAGGAGAGGAGAGCUGUGUUUCCUCUGACUCUAGAAAUGUACCCAUUAAUCCUUAAGACUGAACCUGCCCCUUAUGUUAUUCUGCUGUUGCAGCCCAGGCAAAGGCACUUGUCACCCAGAUAAGGAGCAGAAAGUUACCUUGCAGAGCUAAGCAGUGCCCACUGGUCCCUUUCGCUUCUCCAUGGAAUCAAAGGGAAAGCCUAAUGGCCUCGAGGUUCUGCGUUAUUGAUCUCCAAGGGGUUAUUCCUACUAUCUGGCCCAACUGAAAGAGACAAAUGGGUAUCCCUGAGACAUUCCUCCAAAGGGCGCCUUAGGAAGUCUAGGCAGUUUAUGUCCUAUUAGUUCAGCUCCAGAGCAUAGUUCUUGAGGAUUCCUCAAAUAUCUUUAACUCAUCCUGCCACAGUACCUAGCAGAGCGUCUCUGAUGGAGGAACAUUUCAUUGUAGACAUGCUUCCACCCUAUAUUUGGAAACAUUAACAUAAAAAAUACUUGUUUCUUUAAACACCCCCCCAUGAUCCUAUUUUCUGGUGGCCUUGGCAUCCCAAGAGACUCGUUGAGAUGCUCUGGAAACCCAUCCGAAGUCACUCUGGUUUUCUGAAUCUGUCCUCACUGAGCUGCUGGCAGAGGGGCAUCUUCUUCAACAAAGAGGCCUUACUUUCUCUUUGUGUGUGUGAGAGAGAGAGAAAGGAAGAGACCCUCUAUCCUAGAGGAGUAUAAGCCAGGAUAUAACCAAUUGAUAGCAUAGGUUAGACUGGGUAAGAUGGCUGAUUGCCCCCAAAUAUUCACUGGAAAAGUUCCAACUGACCAGCCUGAAUAGUGAUUCCUGCUUUAAAGCUACUAAACUUGAAUCAGAAAACUGGCCGCAUUCCACCCAAAGUGGAAUUAAGCAGCAAGGUCUUCCUGUAUAUAAAACUGUUGCUAACAAUGAAAGAUGAACUCAGUCUUCAAAAUGAACUAACUUUUCCUAGGCUGUAUACACUCUGACUCCUUUGGCUAGCAACUGUUCAGAAUAGAAUGUGGAUGUGGAAAGAGUGGGUUGGGGAACUUGAAACAGAGGCAGAACCCACUUAGACUACUUUCUACAGAGGAGAGCUUUCACCCCAGAGUCUUGCAAUGGACUAAAUUUUGAGUUUAUAUAUACAUAUCUAUACUACAUAUCUACUGUACAUCAGUGUUCUCCCAGCCUUACUCAAAUAUUAAAUUCUAAUAGUUCUUAAAGAAUUAGUGUCCUGCCUUGCUCUUUGUUAGCCUCAGUCUCUAGCAGGAAGGUAAGGGAAGGCAUCCUGGCUGGGCCCUUAAGGACGUUUUUCUCUAUCCUGAUAUUUGAGGUAAAUUGACCUUUAGACCAAUCCAAGGAAAGUCUGUGUACAGAGUAAUCUAACAGGAAGAGGCAUUCUGUUCUCUUCACUAUUUCAAACUUUGUUCCACUGAGACUUGAGCCUUAGGUAAAAUUUUCUUACCACCCUUACAAAGUGAUUUGGGAACCAAAGUAGAACACAUCCAAGCUCUACCCACUCCACACAGAAAGAAUAAAUAAGGCAUAUGUUAGUCUCUGCCAGGCUAAGACAGAAUACAUCCUAUCCCAUUAGGGCCUAAGGUCUGCAUCAUGGCCUUAUAGAAUGCAGUGGUUGUCAUCACAGUCAGGAGAAAGUGAGAUAUUUACAGUUCUGUAUUAUAAUCCAAGCCACAGCACACACAUAGAACUGCUAGGAACCUAGCUUGAUCUGUUCCAGGGAGGUAGAGUAGUAGCUUGGCUCCAGAAAUCAAGAUUGCAUUCUCCCAAACCAAGCCACAGAUUCAAGGGUCAAAUCUCAUGCCUGGAGAUCUCUCGAAGAAGAACUGGGUAUCUGCUUGUAUUGUGAGCAUUUGGUAGGCAAGCAUCAAACACAGAACCAGGUCAUAGUCAGAAUGAGGCAUCUUUGUAGGAGCCUAGACUGUGGGCAGGAUUCAAAUAAAUUUGUUGUGGAAUAGGGGACUCAGAAACUAUGAAGUGCAUGCCUCCCUAUGGCUUAGGGACACGGAUACUACGAAACAAUCUAAGAGUCCUUUUGUAAACCCCAUCCAAGAGUUCUUAGGCCACCGAGGGUCUGUGACAACUUCAAUGGACUGGACUUGGUAGAGAAGAUGUUGAUCUUGUUAUGUAGAAUUUGUGCUGGAUGUAGACCGAAGCAGCAGGUCAAGGUUGACGUCUCACUGGCACUUUGCUAUCUUGUGUUUACCUGCCAUACCCCAGACGAGUACAUUGCUCAGGGAUCCAGUAGUAGUCACUGCUGCCUAUGUAGGCAAGUUGCCUGCAGUGAUGAAAAUGACUCCUUGGACAGUGUGAGUCCAUACUGGGGUUGAAUUUAGCAAAAUGUGCUCUAUGUUAUUGGGUAUGUUGUGUGUUGAAGGUCCUAAAGGAGCCCUGUGUAAUGCAUAACCCUGCAGUUGAAGGUAGUGAAAGAGUUGCUGGAUUAGUAACCUGCGUUAUGAGAUAGCAUCAGUGACGGGGAAUGUGUUUACUGGAUUUUUUUAUCAAAGAGUGUAGGCAAUUUAUUCUGGACAGAAUUUGAUAGACAGCAAUAAGCCAUUGGGAGGGUAGCUGUGCUUUCGGCUCAGAGUAGCUUCACACUGGUUGGCAAUUGUAAGGGAAGGCUGACUGGCUAGAAGACAUAAGACUGUGGUAUAUAGUCCCAUAGUUUUCUACCCAGGAGGACAUGUGCCCUUCUCUUCAGAACGCAAGGGUGAGAAUCAAGGUUCUCAAUGUUUCUCACAAGGCCGAGACUCUGGCAGUACUUCACUAUGGAGAAAUCUGAUUGAGAUUCAGGUGUUUUGUGAACUGGUCUGGCAGGUCACAAUAGUGAAAAACCAACCAAGGGGCAAGGCAGAGGCAAAGCCUGGGAAAUUUCUUACCACCAGAUUAAUGUUAAAGACUACUAUUCCUUCCUGGGGUGUGUGUUUUUAAAGGGUUUGGGGGUUCAGUCCCCAGCUUCAGGCUAGAGCAUUUGCUGAACUCACAUUUUCAAUGGCAGAAUUGUAGCCUCUGGGACUAUUUUCUGUUAUUAAUUCCAUCCAGUUUCCCUUGGUACUUUGACAAAUAACCAACAAACUUAGGGACAGUCCUGGGGGGGAACCUAGAGGCAUUGCCCUAAGGCUGUGGAAAUUUAGCUCCUCAGCUGGGUAGCCCAAUCUGUGGGCCUCCCUGCAAAACCCUGGGUCUUGGAAGAAAAAUACUUCAGCAAUUCCUCGCUGUUUUAACUCCUUUAGCUGCCAUUUUUAGAAGGAGACAUGCCAAAUGCCCUUGCUGUUCCCAAGGCAGUAUAAAAGGCAGACUGAAGUUGACUAUGCUGCUUGCCGGCUGCAAGAAUUGAUCACAAGGAUAAAAAUUAGGGGAUAGGGGAGGUGUCAAGGGUGGCAUGCAAAUGUAUUAAAGUUUGGGGUGAAGGGGGCUAGGAGCAAAUGGGUUAACGUCAGUUGCCACUCACUGUGGUGCUUUUCCCAUUUUAUCCUUGAAUUCUGCUUUGAAGAAUAAAUUUGUAUUUGUUUA